AAAAAUAAUUCGGCAAAAAAACGGGGAAAGGAGCAAGCAAGGAGAUUGCUUGGUGGGAGGAGUUGGUGAGGAGAGGUCGCGGCCAUGGAGAACCUUGCGCUGCUGUGGGGGAUCAUCGGGCCAGGCGUGGCCGGGGCCGUCUUCGGGGCUGGAUGGUGGUUCUGGGUGGACGCCGUCGUCUGCAGCGCCGUCCCGGUCUCCUUCCUCCACUACCUCCCAGGGAUCUUCGCGUCGCUGGCGGCGCUCAUGUUCAACUGCGUGAACAAGGAUGAGAUCGGAUACGACUAUUACUCGCCCUACGGGGACGAUUCCGAGUGGAGAGUGAAGCUCUGGCUUUUUGUUGCAUAUGUCGUUUCUUUUGUCUGCCUAGCUGGAUCUGUUGGUUUAUUGGUGCAAGAUGCGCUGACAGACAAGGGCCCAUCUGUCUGGACUGGUGUUGCUGGUGUUCUGCAAUGCGUUCUUGUGUUGAUAAGCGGGUUGAUAUAUUGGACAUGUCACUCUGAAGAUUAAGCGCGUAAAGUUCUGAGCAGAUGGUUUGCAAGGCUGGUCAUAAUCGUGUGAAGAAAAUUAUUUCUGGCAGCGUGUGGUUCUGUGUGAUGGGGAAUCAUGCCUACUGUAGAGUGGGACGGCUAGAUGUUUCGUUUGUGCAUAUCUGACUGUUCAUCGGAAAUGAUACUUAACACCAGUGCACGUUUUUGUUCCAACCUGUGAUGCGUCCUGAUCAUGCAUAUCAAGAGGGUAAAACUGAAUCUGACAGUGAA